AUGUCAAAAACCACAUCACCUCAUGAAAAUCUCACCAAGUCUCGAUAUACCGACUUAAUCGGUGAACCCGUUGCACGCCUUCUUUCGCCAAUCAAAGGUUACGAAGCUGCACCACUUGUAUCACUCGAACUAGCUGUGGCUCCUAUUUCAAAUUUUUUCGAUGAUGUCGAAGAAAAUGUAUGGAUUUCAAAAGAGAAUUCUAAAACUCCGCCAGAUGGUCUCACUCAAGAUGAAUCUGCAGCAAUUCAUUUGUACACGAUGCAGUUCGAUUCAGAUCCUAAUUUCUAUCAACUUUUUAAUUCGACUCUUCGAGGUGAAAAUCGUGAUAAUCUCAAGCCAUGGUUUGCCUAUCUUAAAUUAUUUAUGACGGCUCUUCACAAACUUCCAUCUCAUCCACAAACCAUUUGGCGCGGUGUGCGCGGUGUCGAUUUAAGUAAGCAGUACCCGACUGGAACCAAAUUUGCAUGGUGGGGUGUGAGCUCGUGCACAACUAAUGUUGAAGUUCUUCAGGCAGAAACAUUUCUAGGCAGAAAAGGCAUGAGAACUUUAUUCUCUAUUGAAAGUCAAAAUGGAAAAUCAAUUGCUCCACAUUCGUAUUUCAAAGAUACAGAAAAAGAAAUCGUAUUGAUGCCUGGUUCAUAUUUCGAAGUGAUCGGACAAUUGAAUCCAGCAGACGAUCUAUAUAUUAUUCAAAUGAAAGAAUUAGAACCACCAUUUCCAUUUGUUAAACCACCGUUUAAAAAGGAACUACCCAUACCAAAUGUGCCAAAGCCUCCUGAUAAUAUCGCAACAUCAUCUAUCCCUUCAGCAGCAGAAGAUUCACCAGUGCCAAAAGUUAUCUCAAACGGAAGUGCCAGCUCAACAACAAAAACGGCAGAAGUUAAGGAAGCACCGCCGCCGCCGCCGCCUAAGCCAUCCAGUGAGUAUAAAAAUCUACAUGAAAUUGUUCGAAUACCGUUUCGCUUAGACGAUAAUUUGUUAGUAUUCUGA